AUGGGGUCUUCCUCUAAAGGCGGGAGCAUGUCUUUCCAAGAGGCGUGCCAGGUGUUAAACUUAGACCCGAGAGAAGCUUCGAGCAACCCGAAUGCGGUAAGAUCCGCUUACAAAAAGAUGGCGUUGGAGUUUCAUCCGGAUAAACAUCCCGGGGCGAGUUCGACGCAAACGUCUUCGUCGUCCAACGCGACUGGUAAGAAGUCCUCCGGUGGAGCGAGUGGGAAACCAACGAGAGAGGAUUUCGAGAGAAAGUUCAGGCAAGUCGUGAGAGCGUACGAUGCGUUGACGAGACGGGACGAUUCGGACGAUUCGGAGUCGGACGAGGACGAUUUUGGAGGCCCGAACGGCGAUUUCGACGGCGUUUUUAAGAGUCCAGAGGACAUGAGAGAUUUCGCGGCAAACUUUUUCGAGUCGUUUUUCUUCGGCGGGGGGUUCGCGCAAGGAAGCAACGGGCCGUCGGGGAGGAGUUCGAGGAAACGACGAUCUACGCAUUCUGGUGGAAACGCGAACGCCUCUUCGGGUGGUGGAGGGCCAAUUAUCAAAGAAGUCAACGACGACGGGGAGGAAUAUUCGGACGAGGACUCGGACGAUGACUCGGACGACGACGAGGAUUACGACGACGAUUGUUCGGACGAUGACUCGGACGACGACGAUUACGGGAGUCAUUCGGACGAUUACGAUUCAGAUAGAGACGGGUCGGAUUCGUAUUCGGACGACGAGGACGGGUACGCCUACGCGGAUUUGAGAAAGUUUUUCGGUAAACCUCCUCCCGGAUGGUCGAGCAAAAUGGCCGCGCACAUGCAAGCGAGCGCUGAAGCGAUGGGGGAUAAGAAGAUGAGCUCGAAGAGCGCGCAAGGUAUGUUUGACGAGUUGAGGUCCGGAAGCCGAAAUAGCAGUAAGAGUAACAACGCGAAUAGCGGCGGGUCGAGUAGAUAUCCUGGAGGGAGAGGCAGUGGACGUAGAGGCGAUAGCGGCGGCGAUGGAAAACGUUGGUUCGACUCGGAUGGGCCUGAUUUUGGACCAAGAGGCAGUCGAGGCGAUGGACGAGGCGGACGUAGAGGCGAUAAAGGCAACAACGGCUCGUUCAGAAGAUCGCACAACGAUAACCCAAACAAUCGAGAUUACGAAGAUCAAGAUGACGAUCAGUUGUUUGAACACUUGGAAAAGAUGAGGAAAGAGGCGGCAAAGUACGCCGCGGAAAUCGCCAAGAAAGAAAACGAGAGAAGAAGAGCGUCGGCGCCUUUAGAAAAGCUGCAAAGGCCUACUUUAGUUUCGAGAUCGGAUAAUACCAUCACAUUGAACGUGUAUCGACACAAGUCGGGAGGUACGUUACCGCCGGAUAGAUGUUGGGAAUUGAGUUUGAAAAGGCACGGCGAUAGAGAUUAUACGGUGUAUGCCGCGGUGAGGGGUAACCCGGUGGUGACCGUGUCGGAUCUAGUUCCUGGAACGCGAUACUCGUUUAAAGCGAGAGUCGGCCGCGUGUCCUCGGAGAAGGACGGCGAGGACGGCGAUACGAAAUCUAAAUCGACCAUGGAUGUUCUCUCGGAAACUAUUUUUUCGUCUUUGCGAGACGGCGCGGGAAGUAUGAAGGGCGUAGAGAUUAUAUCAGAGAAAGAUGUCACGGAAUGGGGCGACUAUUCUAUAGAAUCUGCGUACGCGACUUCCGGGACGGCGCCGAGGGAAACUUCAAAGAAACACGCCGAAGAGGAGAAGGAUACUCAAGAAGCAAACGUUUCAGCUCCUGGUCAAGGCAAAAAGGCGAAGAAAAAGCAAGCUCAGAAAGAAAAGUCGGAACAGGAAGCUUUGAAUAAGAAAAAUGCGGAAGAUGAUGCGGCGAAAGCUAUAGACGAGGCCCAGCAAAGACGCGAGGCGUUGAAGAAAGCGAUGGAGGAAGCCGCGGAAAGAGAGAUGGCAGAAAUGAACGCGAUUAAGGAGAAGCUCGCGAAGAAAGAUGCCAGUCAAAACGCAAUCGCUUCCGUAUCUUCGCAGACGAAUAAUCCGAAUGCUGCUGUUUCGUCGACUUUGUCCAAGAAAGCCGCGCAAAGGCAGAAGAAGAAAGAGAAAGCGGCUGCGGCUGCGGCUGCCGCGGAAGAGGUUGAAUCUGACGAAGCCAUGGCAAGACGUUUGCAAUUGGAAGAGCAGCGCAGAUACGGUGAAGCCGGCGCAGACGCACCAGCUGGUGCAGGGUUUCAACAAGCUGGCUCGGUUAAGAGUAGCGGCAAGAGUAACGCCGCGGAAUCGUGGGCCGCCGCGCCGGCUAUGCCGUUGCCAAAAGGACAGCAAAGAUCGGCGGCGUCCAGAGGGUAUUCAGCGACGUCACAAUCUGGGUCGUACGAGGACCGCUUCGCGCCACCACCGCCUCCUGGUCCGCCACCACCCGGUCCUCCACCGUUUGGUUCGCCCACGCGAAAGAUGGCACCGCCACCGGUACCUCCCGGACCGCCUCCUGGAAGACCUCCUGUAGACGCGCAGCAAUCGAGAGCAGACAUACAGCCUCCGCAGCAGCCACCGCAGCAGCCUCCGAGACAGCCACCUCCGCAAGUACAGCAGCCUCCGCAACAGAUUCAACAACUACAACAGCAGCCUGUGCCGCCACCGUCUAACUACAUGAAUCUAUCUUCGACGGUGUCUGCUCAACAGCAGCAGCAAAUAGGUAUGAAUGCGCUCAACGCGUAUAGUAGUGUUUCUCAGCAACCACCGCCGCAACCUCCGUCGCAACGUUGGAACAACGAAGGACCUUCACUUCAGCAGCAACAGCAACAGCAACGCCAGACGCAGCAAUACGGCGCGCCGUCGUCGUAUCCGCCGCAGCAACAGCAGCAAUUGGGUGGUAACGUCGCCAGCGUUGUCUCCGGUGUCGCCAAUUUAGGUUUUGGUUCUUCCCAACAACAGCAACAGCAACAGCGCGCGACAUCGAUGUUUGAUCAACAGCCUUCCUAUCAGCAGCAACAAGCCUCCUCAGGUUAUGGACAGCAGCAGCAGCAGCAACAACAGCAGCAACAACAACCGUCCUACUUGCAGCAAGAGCAACAACGCGUGCAACCAACCUCCUCCUGGGAUCCGUUGAUGGGCAGUUCCUCUUCUCAACAACAAACCGGAGGCGCCUCCGCUUUUGGCCAAUCCCCUCCUCAAACGCAAACCUCGCGAGGUCUCGGCGCUUUCGGCAAUUACGGCGGCGCUUUCGGAGGCGGCGCUUUCGGAGGCGGUGGCAUCGGUUCCAUCGGUGGUCCCAUCGGUGGUCUCGGCACCACCUCCUCGGUCGUCGCGCAAACGCAAACGCAACUCAGCCCGGCGUCGCCGCGCACGCAGCAACAGCAACAAACCGACGGCCAGUUUUUGGAGAACUUGGACAAUUUGUUCGAUCUCAUCGGAGACUGA